AGCUUUCGAAUUGCAUGAGUACUGAGUGUCUGACGUGGUGUGUGUGACACUGAAUGGAAUGCCCUUCAUUCAUCGAGGAUUCCAUCACACGCCCACACACACAAGGACACACAGAGACCAGGCUACUCACACGGACCAGCACCAAGAUGCCGACACUCAGGGAGACCAGAAACAGAGACACGUGUGACUGGCACACGCGGGCAGCACCUACGACCGAAAAGCAGCCUCUCGAAGACAAGACAGACACACAGACAGACACGCAGGCAGACACUCACGUGUGUGUAUUAGAUUCACAGAAAAGUCACUCAUUACAUGGCGCCCCAGCGGAAAUGCAUAAGAGACCACCAGUUGCGCCUAGCGGGCCAAAGGAUAGUGCCUGUCUGCAGUUUGAUUCGCCUGACCUCACCCUCCCGUCUGACCGACCAGUGUUAGUCUCACCAGACACAUGACCAAUGGCUGUGCGUCGUGCACACAGAUCAAUUGCUUCAAUGGAUCAUGACGCCCAGCCACUCAGCCAUCGAUCACGAGAGCGAUAUCAACUGUCUCGAGAAAGAGCGACAAGCGACCGAUGAAUCGUGUAGGAUAAAAGCCCCCUCACACACACACACACACACACACGGCAAGAGAAGGCAGAUAACAUUAAUGCACCACGAGCGAGCGGCCGAUCAGCUAUCCAAAAUGCCGAUCAACCUGAGCUGCGUGAAGCUGCCAUAAGGGUCGAUAAGGCGCCUCGUCUCCCCCUCCCGCAUCUGCAGCAGCGCCUCGUCGAGCCAGCACCACAGACUCGACACUCGACACACACCCGCACGGCCAUGGAAGACUUUGUUGUUGCCGUCGAAUGCAUCCCGCCACACAUCAAUGUCGACCUCGACGCUGUCAUUGAGUGCCGGCACAUUGCCGGUGCCCUCCUGCACCACCUCAUGUUGACAUCCAGAGGGCGAUCUGCCGAUGACACACGCAGAGCCAAUGAGCAUCUGUAGCUGAGGCGUGAGAGUGAGAGAGAGAGAGGUACUGCUCACGUCUGGUCGUUUGGCGCGUCUGUGGCGUUAAUUUCGUUCGGCGGGCGCGGCACAAAGUCAAAGUCGGACUCCUGCUGGCGCUGCUGGCGAGCAGUGAGGGGUGGGUCUUGGCCGCUCGGGGGGACAGCUGGGGUUGUCGGGUCAGUCGGUGCUGCCGCAGUGGCCGUCCGCAGUUGCUCGACAAUGUCACGGAGGCCGUAGUUGAUGUGCACAUCGGAUUGUGAGGUCUCGCGCCUGAUUGACAGAAACACACACACAUGAGGAGAAAGCCAUUUAUGCUAUGGCCUGGCUGUUGGUUGGUUGCCUGCAGGUCGGGCAGACGGCAAAAGGGUGGCCAUGAGGGUGGCUGCCAAUGAGGCCCUCAACACACUGCAGACACACAGACGGACAGAGGGAUAGCGACCAAAGACACAAGGGUCCCUCACUGAGGCGUGAGUGCCGUCUGUCUGUGUGUACCGCUGCGCAGAAGGAGUGACCUGAAAGAGGACGGAUGGACCAUGACACACACACGAACACACUACAAGUGAAUUGUCGGUCCUCCCCUCCCUCCCUCUCUCUGUGUGUUUCUCACUGACCGCAUCGGAGCCCAUGAGGCUGCCUGUGGGCGUCCUCAUGGUGGUACUCCUCCAGACAGACUCCACACUGGGGGAUGGAGGCCAUCUCGCGUCAGAUCUGCCGCACACAACGGGCAACAAAGAGGUGUGUGUCACUGUCGGAUGGUGUGGACGGAGAGAAGGCAUAGAUUCCCCGCUCACCGGGCUAUUCUGUGGGUCGCUUUCCAAGGGCGGUGCGCGUGUGAAUGGCCAGAUCUUGACCCGGAUGGACGCGCGAGUCAGACAGAGCCCUUUCUGGGAGCGCGGAAAAGAGGCCAACGAGGGGAAAAGGAACAGGCAAUCUGAG